CGCUCCCUACUCGGGGCGCAUUUUGAGAUAGGGGCUCUCCACCCCCCGGCACCUUGGGGCUCCCGUGCUGUCCAUGGGAAGAGCAUGCACUGUGGGUUACUGGAGGAACCCGAUAUGGACUCCACAGAGAGUUGGAUUGAACGAUGUCUCAACGAAAGUGAAAACAAACGUUAUUCCAGUCACACCUCUCUGGGGAAUGUUUCUAAUGAUGAAAAUGAGGAAAAAGAAAAUAAUAGAGCAUCAAAACCACACUCAACUCCAGCAACUCUGCAAUGGCUGGAGGAGAACUAUGAGAUUGCAGAAGGUGUUUGCAUUCCUCGAAGUGCUCUUUACAUGCAUUACUUGGACUUCUGUGAGAAAAACGACACUCAACCUGUUAAUGCUGCCAGCUUUGGGAAGAUCAUAAGGCAGCAGUUUCCACAGCUAACAACAAGAAGGCUUGGAACCAGAGGCCAAUCAAAGUACCAUUAUUAUGGAAUUGCAGUGAAAGAAAACUCCCAGUAUUAUGAUGUGAUGUAUUCAAAAAAAGGAGCAGCGUGGGUCAACGAAACAGGAAAAAAAGAAGUAACCAAACAGACAGUGGCGUAUUCACCACGGUCCAAACUUGGAACGUUACUGCCAGAGUUUCCAAAUGUCAAAGAUCUAAAUCUGCCAGCCAGUCUGCCAGAGGAGAAGGUUUCUACCUUUAUUAUGAUGUAUAGAACGCACUGUCAGAGGAUAUUAGACACUGUGAUAAGAGCAAACUUUGAUGAGGUUCAAAGUUUUCUUCUGCACUUUUGGCAAGGAAUGCCUCCUCAUAUGCUGCCUGUACUGGGUUCUUCGACCGUAGUGAAUAUAGUGGGAGUUUGUGAUUCAAUACUGUACAAAGCGAUUUCUGGAGUUUUGAUGCCAACAGUACUCCAGGCAUUACCUGACAGUUUGACUCAGGUGAUCCGAAAGUUUGCAAAACAACUGGAUGAGUGGCUGAAAGUAGCCCUCCAUGACCUGCCAGAAAACCUACGAAAUAUCAAAUUUGAAUUGUCCAGAAGAUUCUCACAAAUUCUUCGGCGACAGACAUCACUAAAUCAUCUCUGCCAGGCAUCAAGAACGGUGAUCCACAGUGCAGACAUCACAUUCCAAAUGCUGGAGGACUGGAGGAAUGUGGAUCUGAAUAGCAUUACCAAACAAACCCUCUAUACUAUGGAGGACUCAAGGGAGGAACACAGGAAGCUCAUCGUACAAUUGUAUCAGGAGUUUGAUCACCUUCUGGAGGAGCAGUCCCCCAUUGAGUCGUACAUUGAGUGGCUGGACUCCAUGGUGGACAGAUGCGUUGUGAAGGUAGCUGCCAAGAGACAAGGCUCUUUGAAGAAAGUAGCUCAGCAGUUCCUGCCGAUGUGGUCCUGUUUUGGCACUCGAGUGAUUCGGGAUAUGACUUUGCACAGUGCACCCAGUUUUGGGUCUUUUCACCUUAUUCACUUGAUGUUUGAUGAUUACGUAUUGUACCUGCUAGAAUCACUCCAUUGUCAGGAGAGAGCUAAUGAGCUAAUGAGGGCAAUGAAAGGAGAAGGAAGCACAGCAGAAAUACGAGAAGAAAUCAUUCUGAGUGAACCAGCUCCUCCAACUCCCUCCCCAGUGCCGUUCUCCCCAGCUAAAUCUGCCACCUCAGUGGAAGUGCCCUCUGCCCCCUCACCUGUCAGCAACCAGUCCCCAGAGUACGCUGGCAUAGCAGCUACAACAGGGGCUAUGCAGUCCUACACAUGGUCCCUCACCUACACCGUGACAACAGCUGCUGGGUCACCUGCAGAAAAUUCCCAACAGUUGCCCUGCAUGAGAAACCCACAUGUGCCGUCGUCAUCUGUCACACACCGGAUACCUGUUUACCCUCAUAGAGAAGAACAUGGAUACACGGGAAGUUACAACUAUGGCAGCUAUAGCAACCAGCAUCCCCACCCAAUGCAGAGUCAGUAUCCAUCUUUACCACAUGAUACUGCUAUUUCUGGACCACUUCACUACUCAGCUUACCACAGAAGCUCUUCACAGUAUCCCUUCAACAGCCCAACGUCACGGAUGGAGCCGUGUUUGAUGAGCAGCACCCCAAGGCUGCAUCCCACCCCAGUGACUCCUCGCUGGCCAGAAGUCCCAUCUGCAAAUUCCUGCUACACGAGUCCGCCCAUGCACUCCACGAGAUACGGAAAUGCUAGUGACAUGUACACCCCUCUGGCAACACGCCGGAAUUCUGAAUACGAGCACAUGCAACACUUUCCUGGCUUUGCCUACAUCAACGGGGAAGCCACCACAGGCUGGGCUAAAUGAAAGUGACUGGUGUCAGCUGAGCCCUUAUACUUUAAAGAGUUAUUAAAACUUUAUAUUAUGUGGGACUUGUGGACGUUCUUCAGUGGAGGUGAAGACAGAAAAGAUCCUGGGCAGAUAAACGUA